UUGUUAUAAUUUUAUUCAUAAUUGCAUCAAUGACUACGUAAUAAAUAUUAAUAAUAAAUGUUCAAGUUCAAUAAUAAAAAUAAAAAUUAAUUGUAAAAUAUUGCUUUACAACUAAAGCUGAGUUUAAUUUUACCAUAUAUUUAAGUUAUGUCUUAUUCUAAAUCUAAUACGACUUUCAUUAUUUUUAAAGCUUAUUCAGAAGAAAAUGACCCAAUAGAUCCAUAUAUAAACAUUUUAAAUAAUGAAGGAUAUGAAGCUAAUUUAGUACCCACUUUAGAAUUUGAAUAUCAUAACUUUGAUGUGCUUAAUCACAAACUACAAAAGCCACAAGAUUAUUCUGGUAUGGUUAUAACUAGUCCAAGAUGUGUACGCGGAAUUGUUAAGUGUUUGGCCGAUAGUAAGCUAGAUGAUGAUUGGCAUAAAAAACCUAUGUUUGUAGUUGGAGAAACAACAUCUCGGCUGGUAAACAAAGAACUUGGUUUUGAGCCAAUUGGAGCUGAUAGUGGCAAUGCCAUGGCUUUGAUACCUAUUAUUUUAAAAUAUAAAUUAAGUAAACCAUUAUUAGCUCCAUGUGGAAAUCUAAAUCUAAAUAUACUAUCAGAUAAUAUAAAAACUGUUAAAUUUGAAAAUAUAGAAGUUUACCGGACUAUACCACAUAAUAAUUUAAAGACGAAUUUAAAUAUGUUAUUGAGUCAAAUUAAAAAUCAAAUAGGAGUUAUUUUUUUUAGUCCUUCUGGUUUUCGUGCAAUAUUAGAUUUGAUGCCAAAACAAUUAUUUAGUCAAUUACAUAUUUUUGCUAUUGGUCCUACUACAGGAGCUGCUAUUAAGGAAGCUGGUUUUAUUUUAACUGGGGAAUGUGAAAAACCAAAACCAGAGUCUAUGUUAGAGAUGAUACAGUCAUUUAUUAAAUAAUUUACUGAUUUAUCUAUAUUAAUAUGUAACUAAGAUUUAUAAAGUAUAAAAUAUAUCCUAUGUUAUAUUGAACAUAUA